AUGCAACAUUACAUCUCUCACUUCGACGGCAUCGACGGCCUCAAGAAAGAAGAUGUGCCAAUGCCAUCACCCGGACCAGACCAGGUCCUCGUCCAGAUCCGUGCUAUAUCACUAAACUAUCGCGAUACGGAAGUAAUCAACGGCGAAUAUAACCAUCACCGCGCAAUCAAGCAAGUGCCAAGCAUCAUGCCCUGUUCAGACAUUUUGGGCCUCCCUCAGCAAGGUGUUCUAGCAACGCAUCGUGUGUUCGCGGAGGAUGCCUUGAUCGAGGCACCCAGGCACAUGAGUGAUGAGGAGGCAUGCACGCUGCCAAUCGCGAGCGUUACGGCGUGGAUGGCGAUCAAUGGGACGCGACCGUUGGGACAGAAUGGGGGUCGGGGAGAGUACAUUCUUCUUCAGGGAACCGGAGGUGUUAGUAUCGCUGGAUUGCAAAUCGCGAAGGCGUCUGGAGCGAAGGUCAUAAUUACUUCCUCGUCUGAUGGAAAACUAGCCAGGGCCAAGGACCUCGGGGCAGACUUUGGUAUCAAUUAUCGUGAAACGCCGGAAUGGGCUAAUGAGGUUAUGGAGAUCACGAACGGACAUGGCGCGGAUAUUAUUCUCGAAACGGGUGGGUCGCAGACGAUGGAUCAGAGCUUUGCGUGUGCUGCGUACGGUGGGCUGAUUAACUGCAUUGGGUAUACUUCUAGGAAAACUCAAGCUUCUGGAGAGCAGAAGAAUGUUAAUCUUCUCACCCUGAGUCGCAGCUUGACUUUGAAGGGAUUUGUUAAUGGACCAACUGAUCGAUUCGAGGAGUUGAUCAAGUUUGAGGAGAGACACGGGAUUCAUCCUGUCAUCUGCAAGGUGUUCCCAUUCAGCCAGGCAAGAGAUGCUUUCAAGUAUCUGGAAAGCGGCUCGCAUUUUGGAAAGGUUGUCAUUCGAGUUUAG